UGACGCUUGCUGGACGUACAACAUCUUGACAACGGCAAUACGUCGCACUUUCAAGGAACUUUGUGGAAGUUUUGCGUUACUUCCCAAAUUUUCGUACUUGAUCCAACUCAUCUGUGGCGCGUGUUUUUAUUGACCCGCCAACCGCCUAACAUCAUGGAGCAAGUUAGCUUCGACGUUCGUGCCGAGGCGGGGAAGGCGGUAUUUGACGAUGACUUGAUGCUAGAAGCCGGCAUGCAAGCCGACGAGCUUGUCUUAGAACUCGACGACCUACAUGACAAGGAAGAUGAGUACCAGACGAUCGAUCUUGAUGCCCAACCCGCCACAGCCGAUGUUGAAGUCGCUGUCGAUAACCUCGAGGCUCAACAUAAUACCAAUGAUGAGCAAGCAGAGGCGGCAGGUGGCGUCGAGCAAGAUGCUCAGGAUGUCUCCAUGGCAUAUAAUGACGAGAUAGGUUAUGAAGAGGAGGAGGGCGUUGCAGAAGAGGCUGUUACUGAACACGAGCCCGAAGAUAACACUACAUCAAAAGCGCCGUCUGCAAAUGACGAGAAUCCAGAUCUACGUGAAUUGGAACAGGAAGCCCAGGACGUCCCGAUUGAUCUUGCUGAGUCCAAAAUGGGCGACGAUGCGGAAGAGCAGCCGAUCGGGCGUGUGGCCGAGACAAAGAACCUUGUUGAUCAGGAGGCUACUGAACAAGUUGCCGAGACCGAUGUCGGUCUGGACGUCGGUGGUGUUGCAGCUACCAACCCUCUGGAUACAGCUGUCUCGGGAGCUGAACAAGCGGGCGAGGCCGUGAGCGAGGAUUGCCAGCUCGAGGAAAGCCAGAUUGACCAUGACGAGCCCGUUGUUGAUGAUGCUGCAUUCAGCAUCACAGAUAUCACAGUCCAGUAUGAUGGUGGCAGUUAUGCCCUCUUUGGGAACUCGGACAUGGAUCCUGAGACCUACUUCCUUACCGAUACUGAGAUCGCAACCGCGCCGUUGUCGGAAUUACUUGCAUCUAUCCGCUCUGUCAUUGCCUCGGAAUUAACACCCGGAGAAGAACUGGUCAUCGUUAUUGACUCACUUGAUUUGAACUUUGGCGAAAGGUCCAGCAAGGACUUUUUGCAGCGCAGCUUUCAUCAGAUUAUUUACUGCUACAAUGUCCUUCUAGCUAAAGGAAUCGUCACAGAGACAUCCCUAACGCUCAAUCUUUUGGUCCGUCCGGACCCCGAGGGCCGGUUCCUGGACUUGCUCGAGGAGGCAGGCAUCUGGAGUGGAGCAGACUACUCUCCCGAUUACUCAGAUGCCUCCGGGGAGGAUGAAUAUCUGGACGACGAUCAGGACAUUGAAGACCAUGAUGACAAUGACAACGAAGGCCUCGAAAAUGAUAAAAAUCAUGAGGAUGUCCAGAAUGCUGAAUUUGAUGACCAAGAGCAUCAAGACGAGGAAGGCCAGCAAGAUCAAGACCAAGAAGAGAAAGAAGAUGACGAAGAGCCAGAGGUCAUUGAGCUCACCGAGAAUAUCGAAGUUGCAGAGGAUGUCGAGGUUACUGAAGACGUCGAAGUCAGCGUGAAUGUAGCCGAGGUUAGGGAUGUUACCGUCUCAGCUGGAGACAUCCAGAAGGAAGCAUCAGAGCAACACACGGAACGUCAGGUCACCGAGGAUGUUCUUGAGAAUGAGUGUCAUACUGAGCAAUUCUCGCUAGCAGACAACAUCGAUCAAGCUGCCCAAGCAGAGCCAUCUGCAGAGAUGAACGGGUCAAGUCACUUUGAUGCCAGUGAAUCCUCUCAUGGCCCGGCAGGCAUCGUUGAUGUCAAGCAUGAGAUGGACGGUGAUCGGGGAGAAUUUCAGCCCAGCCUUGAGGAAACGAGCAGUGAUUUGGAGCUUGUUCCUGAAACGAAGUCUGCCACGGACGAACCUCAGCCGGAAAACGGCGAUCAUACCGAAAUGAUCAACGAGGAGAAAGAGGAGGAGGUUUAUGAUGAGGACGAGUACAUCGAGCAUCAUGAAGAGGCCGAGGCUGAGGAGCAAGACGAUCAUGACAUUGAUCGUACAGCGGGUGUGGAGGAGCUUGGUGAUGACUUGACACUCAGACAGACGUUGGAUGACGGCAACUUCUCCCUCGAUAUCAUGGAGGGGUCUACUGAAGGUAACGCAGUGCUCGGCCGUGACGACAAUCGAACUGGUAAAUACCCUUUUCUUUUUUCCUCAACCACACACAACCCCAGCACACACGGCCACAUGGUCGUUUUGCACACAAGCGAAGCCAAGGAUGACGAUCUCAUUGACUACACGGAUGACGAAGGCCCAAACUAUGCCAUGCCUGGUCUUAAACGGAAGUCCGUGUUCUCCGACCUAGUCUUCGGGGUAAAGAAAAUGAGGUCCGAACAAAUGGAUGGGACAAUGCCGCCACUCCAUAGCAGGCCCUCGAACAACGUAUCCGGCGGAAGCCAACUUGCAGUUGAACUGCGACCCAAUCAGCACCGCGGUCUUGCAACGCUAUCUCCUUUCCGCUCCGACUCACCUUGCAUCAAGAGAUCCAGCAGCCCCGUCAACUUCUCUGCACCCCAUCGAAGCAGUGGCAGUCGUUUUCAUUCUCACAAAGACUUCGAUUUAAGCGUCACCUUCUCUGCCUACGAUGUUGCUGACAUGCCCUAUCAAGGAAACAACGAAAUUAGUACUUCGCGCAAUUCCGACUCCACCGCCAUGCAGGAGCAGUACACUGACGACGGCCCUAACGUGGACGACUAUACUGAGGUAGAAAACGCGAUCGAUAUCGAGUACACCCAUGAGACAUCGCAUCUCCCAGUCAACACCGCCGACCCCAAGGACCAGACCGAAGAAGGUGCUCAGGAUUUUACAGCCGAAGAAUCGGCCAACCGCACGAGCACAACCAAUACCAUGAGCGGCGACGAGAUUGACUACGACGAGAACGAGGAACAGGAUGCAUCGUUCGAAACAGAAGGUCAAAUCCAUGAGUUCAGCAACACUCAAGAUGACGACGAAAUCGGAUGGGGAGACGAUGGAGAGGAGGACAACAAUGAUUUUACACAGCAGACUACAACUUCUCAAGACCAACCGCCUCUCACAGCAAAGAGAAGUCGGACUGAUGACCUGGAUGAGGAAGCCGAAGAGGCCGAUGUCAAGCGUCGUCGGACCUGAUCGGCCAAACUCUGGCCUUGAAUAUAGCAUCAUCCCAACACCUCCAUGCCCCUCCUUUCAAUCUUCCCAG